AUGGGACCGACGACGACGUGGCUGCUGUUGGCCGUCGCGAUGAUGCUGUUGUCCGGCACGCUGUCGGGGACGAUCUCCGCGGGACGACGAACACGACGAGAGACGGACGGCAUCGGAGGUGGCACAGGUGGCGGCGGCGGUGGCGGCGACGAUGACGACGACGACUCCUCUUACGGCGAAUUUGAAGAAAAGAUUCUCCGGGCGUGGAUAGAAAAAUUAAUUGAAAGAUACAGUACAAAUAUCCAGUCACCCACCAAAUCAACAAACAUACAACGUAUUGCAAAGAAAAGUCGAACGAGUACUUCUCAAAUUAAUAUGCUAGACGAUGACCAUAUCGCGACUCUAUCAAUUUAUCCAUUCCUCGUCAACCCAUUUUAUCAGCCAUCAAUUUAUUCGAGUUAUAUUCCAUUACCCUAUGAUGCAACAACUCAUUUACUUCCCGUCGGACAAGUACCGUAUCAAAAAGAUGAAUACCACCAUCGGUUUUUGGGACCUUUACAUACCCAAUUCCCAGUUGGGUAUACAAACGUUCCAGGAAUUAUGAGCCCAACGCUAAUAAAUAAUGAGCCUGAUAUUAAGAAAACAAUGACUGUCCCAAAUUCCAUUCCCCCGGGUAACCAAGAAUUGAUACAGAAGCAUGACAAGGAAUUACAUACCUCUGAACAAAUAUUAAACCAAAAUAAAGACGAUUUUGAUCACACAUCACCGAUAGGACUUAACCUGGAAGAUCCGAUAAAAAUGUAUCAAAAAGAAGACGACAAAAUUGAACAACCAAAUUCAAAAAUGGAUAGAAAAUUACAUGACCAUCUUACUGCGGAUGAUCUUCCAAACACAUUAACUGCAGAACAAAAUCAAACGACUGGAUCUCACGAAGUUCGAGACCUUCAACCAUCAACUUUUUUUGCUGAUUUUGACACAACUAUGCCAUUAGAUGCAGUUAAUUUUCCAAAAACAUAUCUAGUUUCUACUCUUCCACCGUUGACUAUAUCGAAUGAACCACGUAAAUCUGAAAUAUACAGUAAUUCGGUCUCACAGCUUCCAUUGAGCUCAGACGAAUUUAGCACAGUAAAGCAACUGUUAUUACAUCGUUCCACUACACCAGUUACACCAUAUUCAUCAACGACCACCAGUGAAAAAAAUCAGGAGGGUAACUCUGAAAAAAGGAGCCAACCGGAUGAACCACCACUAAAUUCUAAUCACUAUUCGAACGACAAGUAUUCAACGACUGGUGUUUCAAAAACAUCAAUAAUUAACAACAAUAAAAUAUCAACGGAAAUGGCCGAAACAACACGAAACCCCGAAGUUUUAAAUGCAUUAUCAACACUUUCAACAACAACUACAACUACAAUAUUUUCAACUCCAUUGUGUGAAAAUAAUGAUACCAAAAUAUCAACAUCCUCCUCUGUGGCUAGAGCCGAAACAGAUAUAAAACCCAAAUCAUAUAACAUUAAAGUUCAAAAGACAUAUGAUAAAUCUGAUAAGAAAUUGACUUCAGUCAGUAAUGGGCAGGAUAACAUUAAUAAUGUAAUUAGUUCGUCAACACGUCCAUUUGUAAUAUCUGUUACUACUUCAGAAACGUCCACAUUGCCGUAUACAAAAACAUCUUCUUCUAUGAUAUUCACAUCGUCACCGCCACAACCUAAAUAUUAUUCUUCAACCAAAUUACCAGAUGUAAAAUGUACUACCGAUAAAAACAAUAAAAUCCAAUCAACGAGUUUACGCUAUACUUCAUUAUUGCCCACAACUCGACAACCACUGAAUAUUAAAAAUAUCACAACUACAAUAUUAGUAGAAACUAAAACUGAGAAAAGUCCACAGAUCACAUAUAAUUCCAAUAAGUAUAUGAAAAACAUUAAACAGAACACAAACACUCCUAGACAUGAUGAUGAAUCAACUAUUUCAUCUUCAAGGCCGUCAAUUUUUAUUCCUUCACAUAACGUUUUAAACACAGAUACACCCGUAAAAACUGUCCAAAAUAAUUUACCAUCUGAUAUAACUAUGUAUUCAAAUAAUUACCAAAGCCAAAAUAUACCAACUUCAACUGAAAAAUCAAAUACAUACAAAUACGGUAAUAUUAAUACUUACUUCCCGACCACAACAAAAGGAACAAAAAGAAGUACAUUGAAACCAACAGUGUCACCGAUAAAUCAAUAUAACUCUGUUCAGAGAAAAAUACCUCUUGAUAUAGUUUCCGGUGAUUCAAAAUUUAGAAAAGCAACAUACAAAGAAGAUCGGUAUAUGACGGAAACACCAAACACUCCACAAUCGAUUGAAGAUUCAGAACUCUGGUACAAUCACAUGUAUCCUCAAAACGCACUUAAAAAAAAGGUAAAUGAAGAACAAAUACAUGUUUUGUUAAAAAAAAUUAUAAAAUUACUUAAACCGGAAAUCGAGAAACAGACUCUAACUAAAGAAAGUGUAGCGAGGCUCGUACCAUCAAGACUUGGAGAUCCAGAAAAGUUUGUGUACAUUAUAUAUCCGUGGAUAAUUGACGAGGCUAAAAAUAUAGAACGCGAAGAACAAGCAAAAAUCAAUGGAAAUCCAUUGAUCACUUCUGACAAGCUUUAA